GAUGUCGGGGUCGAUGUCGGGGUCGAUGUCGGGGUCGGGGACGGACUCGGUGGCCCGUGUGGGGCCAGGGAUGGUGUCGAUUGUCUAGCUGGACGGACCGGUCAAAGCCAAAUGUCGGGCGGCGCGCGGGAUGGGCUGGGCUGGCUGGGUGGUCAGAUGGUUUGGUUUGCACCAUCAAAGGCCGAAAGGGGACUCGUGCGUCACCAUCCAAACUGCCAGCAAGCGGAAGCGACACGGGAGGGCAGGGCAACCUUGGCUGCAGGCUGCUGCCAGCUGCCAGCCUACCGGAAUCCUGUUUCUGCAAACCUGCAAGGCUGUCUGUCAGUGCCUGGCAAUCAUGGAUGCCCCUGACUGUCCCAGCAGACCCAACGUCAUCUGAAUACUGGCAGUCCUUAUUAGCUGACAGUCUACAUACACACAUACACACAUACAUACAUACAUACAGCAUCGGAUGUGAAACUAUCUUGUUCUUCUCUUGUCCCCUGUUCUCCCCCCCAAAGAAUCACGCACACGCAGGCUGACUGACCAGAGAUCCCAAAUGUCGCCCGCACCUGACGCGCCGCCAGCCAGCAGCAGGCCGAGGCCGAGGAACAGGCUCCGAAAGCUCACCAAGCUCCGCCCCGGCAACAGCAACAGCAACAGCAACAGCAACAGCAAUGCCUCACCGCGGGCCUCGUCCGACUCGGGCAGGGCCCACGGCCCCGCUCAGGGCCACAGCCCUCGGUCUCCCGCGCACGGGUCCGUCCCGCCGUCGCCGGAUCUGAGCAGCCAGAAGUGGCUCGAGUACAUACGGAAGAGCGGCUACUUGUGCCCCAUGGAGUCGUCGCCUCACCUGCAACACACACACACAAGGUCCCGCUCGCUCUCACACCACCCCACCCGCAACGUCUUGCCCGAGCUCGCCCACCUGGCCAUCGACGUCCCCGAGAAGAGCCCCCGCCGCUCGCUGGACACGCACCGGGCCACAGCUUCGCCCAGGUCUGCGUCAUCAAGCCUGAGGCGCUAUGCGAAGACGCCCGUGCGUCGCGUGGGGCAGCUCGAGGCCGCCGGCGCCACCCCGCCAGGCGCAGAGUCGAUUGCGGAGCAGUACCGCGCCUUGCUCAAGUCUCGCAGCCACGACAGCCUGCGCUACGGCGACGCGCCAGGGGGGCCGGAUAGCAGUGGCUCUCCCACCUCGGACGGCACCCUGGUGGCCUUCGAGGAGGACACCAUAUUCUUCAAGCCCGUGUCGUUCUGGCCGGAGCCGCUGUCCUCGAUCCGCAAGGGCGGCGGGGCCGGCGGGGCCGGCGAGGACGACAGCCGUGCCAGCCUUGCCAGCCGUGCCAGCCGGCCUCUGCCUCGACCGGGGGUGCUCAGCCUGCAGAUCGCCACAAACCUGCUCGCGAGGGAGCUCUCGUGCGCGGUGAGCAACGAGGCGCUGAGGGCACCGACCGACGUGAGACAACUGCAGACGUGGGUCAUGAUAGAGGCGUACGAGGCCCUGAGGGACCAGGUGCUGCAGAUGGCGCUGCCUGCAGACGAGUCCGAGGCCCUGGGCGCGACCUUUGACCUGUGGUUAAGAGCUCUGUACCGCGUCCACGACGGCUUUGCCAGGGAGGCGAGCGGGCCCAGCGACAGCGAUGUCGAGGCCAUGCAGGCUGAGGACCUGGACUGACCCGCUGCCGGCUGGCUGGCUGUCUUUUCUCCAUCUCUCGUCUUAAUCGUAAUGGACUUUUCUGGGUGUAUUUAGUAUCUUCCUGCCUACCUGUUUAUUAGUACUUGCACAUGUAUAUAUCAACCAAAGUGGGUCCUCUUGGAACAUGCUCGAUAAUUAAAAUACCUAGGUACCUGCA